AUGAGAGGAUCGAUAUGCAGUAAAACCAGCCCCCCGGGUUAUGGAAGCACGCUGAGAAAAAUAAAACAGGAGCUUGCCAUGGCAGACCCAGAGGUGUCAACACAGAGCGGGGGUUAUGAUGUGGAGCUGUUUGUGGACACUCCAGACUAUGAUCUGAUCUGCACCAUAUGCCAAGGGGUCCUCAGAUGUCCAGUAAGAGCUGCGUGCCACCACAUUUUCUGCAAGAAAUGCAUCUUGCAGUGGCUAAAAAGACAGGAGACCUGCCCCUGCUGCAGGAAGCCGGUGAACCCAAGCUUGAUCUUUGUCAUGUUCAAGCUAAGCAAAUCUAUUGGACGCCUGAAGAUCAAGUGCAAGAAUGAGAUCCGCGGCUGUGCAGAGACCUUUCCCCUCUCAGAGCAGUACUGCCACAGCAUGAGCUGUUUGUAUGAGCUAAUCCCCUGCCCCUACCAGGGCUGCAGGGUACAGCUCCUCCGCAGGGACCUCGAGACCCAUGCGCACCACUGUGAGCACUGGCGCCAGCCUUGCCACAUGGGUUGUGGGACGAUACUCUCCCACCGAACCCAGGCUCAACACAACUGCUACAAGCAGUUGAGGCAGGAGUACGAAGCUAGGCAGAGGAAUCACAGGGCCAUUGCCACCGCCCUACAGCGGAAGAUGAGGAGGAUGCAGAGCACCAUGGCCCACAUGAAAAGGCAGAUAGGGCUUAUCUGUGAGAGUCUGGAGGUGAUGGAUGAUCUGCAUGAGGUGGAAGAGGAGGACCUUGGGGAGAGUAGUGGUAGCUCCAGUGGGACUCCAAGUAGCAGCAGCAGCUGCUGAGGAAGGGAGUUAGUUGCUGGUGCUGGUUGAGCUACUGCUGUGUAUAAAUUCAGUAUGUGUUUAAUUCUUUGAAGAUGUGUGUUUUUGAGUAUAUGCAGUACUGUGAAAAAGUA